AUGUGGUCGCAAAGGCAUUUCCUUGCAUGUAUUCUUCCAAUAUAUCUUUUCGGUGUUCUAAAUUUCACACAUGCUGCUUCGUUUGACCCCUUCUCAGCCUCUGCUCGUUGCCCAGUCUCUUGUACAGAGGAUAAACUACAAAGCUGGUCGCGCUAUAGAAGCCUAUCGCAGUUGGAUUCCUGUAACCAGACCAUUCUAUUUGAUCUCAAUGUCUACAACAAGGUCAACCGGCCGAACGCGCAUUCGACACUGAGAGCAUGCUCCGUUGCUGAAAGCGACCAGCCUGCCCCUCUGAAGAGGCAGUGGCUCUCGAUUGUAACCGAAACGGUUUCCGAGCUGGGUGCUGCCUUUACCAGGGCUGCUGGAACUGCAGAGCCUAACAAGGUCGAAGCAAGCGUGAAGGUCCUUCGCUGGGACUCGGCUGCGGGUUCGCUCGACGUGCCAGCCAUUACAACUGCGGCAACGGCGAUAGUCAAUGCCCCAAGGAGCAAGACUCCCGGUACCUCCUCUGCACGCCACCUCCUUGCAAAAUCAGGGAAGACCAUUGUAGGUGUUCACAUUGGCUCCCAGUUCGACGCCGAAACGUCGACCCGCCUCGUCCAAAGCUUUCUCAAGCAGGAAGUUAGGAAGGCCCCGGUUGCGGAUCGGACUGCAGCGCAGAUUUGCAGUGGCGAUUCCAUCACCUCUCGUGUCUUUGGGAUCGUUGCUGAUUCCACUGGCAACCUCGAGUCUGUCCAAGAUGCCCUGCGCCAGUGGAACGACGCCGAGUGCCUCGUGUCUUCCACUGGUGGACCGGGGUGGAAUGAAACCAUCACGGUCAUUCCGGGUACUAAAAUAUCUGUUGCUCCGAGCUCGAACGCUACUUCUGCACAACGGGCUACCUGCAAAUAUAUCCAGGCAGAAGCCGGCGACGGCUGCUGGGCACUGGCUGACAGGUGCGGCAUUACCCAGGAUAAGCUUAAAGAAUACAACGGCCAGGAUGUUUGCGACCCCGUACAGGUUGGUAAAUACGUCUGCUGUUCAUCCGGUAAUCUACCGGAUUUCUCUCCUCAACCGAAUCCGGACGGGUCCUGCAAGACGUAUACAAUUAAGAGUGAUGACACCUGCGAUUCCAUUGCGAAUGCAAACGGCAUGACCACGGAAGAUGUUGAGGACCGAAAUGGUAACACCUGGGCCUGGAUGGGAUGCGACGCCUUGCAGCAGGGCAAUAUCAUCUGCCUUAGCAAGGGCGACCCACCCAUGCCGGCACCAGUUGAAAACGCUGUGUGUGGUCCACAGGUUCCUGGAACUGAAAGACCGGAUGACAUGUCGGACCUGGUGAACUUGAAUCCAUGUCCACUAAGGGUUUGCUGUAACGUCUGGGCCCAGUGUGGUAUAACAGAGGAGUUUUGCAUUGAAAGCCCAUCCGAUACUGGUGCCCCUGGUACUGCAAAGCCACACAGUAAUGGCUGCAUUGCAAACUGCGGGAUGGACGUCGUUAACAACGAUGAGCCCCCGGCAAAAUUCAUGCGGGUUGGAUACUUUGAAGCCUUUAACCUGGACAGGCCGUGCCUUCAUAUGCUGCCGCGCCACAUCUCAACGGACUGGACUCACAUCCAUUUUGCGUUUGCUGGUAUUUCCAAGUCCUUUGAGGUUGAACUGGGAGACCUCCAAGACAUGUUUGACGAAUUCAAACAAAUCCGAACAAGCAAGCGCAUUCUCUCCUUUGGUGGGUGGUCAUUCUCGACAGAAUAUGACACUUUCCCGAUUUUUCGCGAAGGGGUGACGGCUGAGCAGAGACAGCUGUUUGCUGAUAAUGUCGUCCAGUUCGUUAUUGAUAACGAGCUCGACGGCGUUGACUUUGACUGGGAAUAUCCUGGUGCUCCUGACAUCCCUGGAAUUCCUGCAGGCUCACCCGAAGAUGGUCCCAACUAUCUGAAGUUCCUCAAGCUUGUACGAGAAGCACUGCCUGCGGACCUAACUAUUGGGAUUGCGGCUCCUGCAUCUUACUGGUACCUGCAAGGCUUUCCUAUUGCGGAGAUAAGUAAGGUCGUUGACUACAUUAUAUACAUGACCUACGAUCUUCACGGACAGUGGGAUUACGGGAAUGAAUGGGCUGUAGAGUACUGCGACAACGGUGACUGCAUGCGUUCCCAUGUCAACAAAACCGAGACGAAAAACUCGCUCUCUAUGGUGACAAAGGCGGGUGUUCCCGCGAAUAAACUCAUAAUCGGCAUGCCCUUGUAUGGUAGAAGCUUCAAGAUGGCUGAAGAAGGGUGUUGGGGCCCUGAUUGCAAAUAUGUGGGCCCCGAAUCCGACGCAGCCCCAGGUCGGUGCACAGGGACUCGGGGAUACAUCUCAAACAACGAGAUUCGCCAAAUCCUUGCCAGCGGCAACGAUGUUCAGCAACACUCCGACGAUGACGGAGAUAUCCUGGUGUACAACGGCACCGAAUGGGUUUCAUGGCUGACCAGGUCAUCCUAUAACAGUCGAGUCGAUUGGAUCACCGGCCUGAAUAUGGGCGGCACAUCAGACUGGGCGAUCGAUCUGGAUUCCGCCUACGCUGUUGGAGAUGGCCCUGGUAGUCCCGGUGGUCCAGGAACGGGUGUUGUAUACAUUAGCCCGGAUUUAUAUGAGGAAGAUGACCCUGUCGUGAAAUGUGACCAAUACCCUUGCACGUUUGUCUUCCCCCCUUGGAGACUGGAAAGCCCAACGACCAUCAAGCCUUCUCCGACGACAUUGACAUAUGAAGAAUAUUGGUCGACGACUCAGUAUUUUGCCGCAGAGGACGCUACAAUAACCACUACCGUGGGAUCCAUUGGGACAACCAUCAUCACACCGUCCCCCGUUACCCUGUCAAGCAUUGAUGUGUGGAAUCACGUCCAAGAAGAGGGUGAUGAAACUAUUAUUUGGCUGACAAGCAGUGUCCGGCUGGAGCCCAGCACUUUCACCAAGACCUACGAGGGGCCAAAUUCGACGUCAACGUCUAACCGCUGGAGGCCCCCAAUCACCUGGACCUGGAGCCCCGGGCCCUACCCCGUCAUUCCUCUACCGACACCAACAGGGCCAGGAUCAAACCCUGAUGAUCCAAGUAGUCCAAGUCCCCCUCCACCGCCUCCGUCAAACUACCCACCAUCUGUUACCUUCAGCGAGGGCCUCCCAACCCCAACCUGUGGCCCGGGUGAGGAUUGCGGUGGGUUCCCAUGCGCCAACGACUGCGAUUCUUCCGACAUUGGUGGCUGUAGCGGAGUCUGUGGCUGUCUUGGAGGGUGUCCUCCAGGUGCCGGUAACUGUGUUGGUCGUUCCUGUGGAGGAGGUGGGGGAUCAAGCGGCGGCGGCGGUGGCGGCGAUGGGCCCGAUGAUAGCCAAACAACGUGUUCUACGCGACAAACAGCAUCAUGGUGCAUGGAACGUUGCACGGUCAAGAAUUUCCCGAGCACUACUACCACAGCCUGCACAGAAGACUGCACGCGAACCUUCACAGCCUGCUCGGCAACAGACAGCACCACAUCCACGACAACCACCGCGCGAUGCCGGCCACUCACAAGUUCUCCUCAAGACCUUGAGGGCAUCCAAAUCGUUGUAACGUCUGGAAGCAACGACUACACUAUGCCUCCCAUCCCCACCUCUGAACCUGACGACGACGGUGACGAUGGCGAUGGUGGCAAUCCAGACCCAGAUCCAACCGACUCCGACCCCCCGUAUCCAACCACCCCCCCAGACCCCAAGCCCUACUGUUUCCGUGACCACAACGCAGACGGCCGCUACAAGGCAUUCACAUUCGAUGACUUCGCCGAUAUGGUUGACGCUAUCUGUUACCAACCCUCUGUUGAUGAACUCUCCCCGGACAAUACUCUAGGAUUUGUCUGGGGCGACCCGGGAUCUCUCCAGAUAUCCGUUAUCUGGGCGGAGAACCAGUCCGGAUGCAAGCCGAAGAGUCCGCAGCCAAUGGGCGAUUAUUGCAAACAAACCUUUAUAGACUUUGGGUACACUUGUGAUCUGGACUUUGAUCAGGAUGAGUGGUAUGGGGGCGGGUUUGUUGAUAACUACGAGCAUGGGUGUGUGGUGUGGGCUAUAAUGCAUGACACGCGGCAGCCUAGGUCAUUAUCUGCGGGAGAAUAG